GUGAUGUGAGAUGACAUUCUUAUCGGUUAGCGAGUCCGUUCCUGAUUUAUUUUUAAUAAUGGGUUGGACACAUUUUCUUCUCUUGGAUGCGCUAUACACUGUAUUAUUCCGGGUCUUUUGUUUUAUCCGCCCUUUCAGUUGCUAUCCUGACUCUUUUAUCAUAUACCAGCUUAGUUUGUGUGAACCUUACAGAGUACCCUGAUCAUAUCUGUUCAACAGCAUGUUCUCUUUCUAUGGUCAUAUUUAUUUCUUCGCAAGCGUCACUCGUUCUGGUAUGUUUAAUCAUUUUGUAUCUUCGUGUCUCUAGCCCCUUAGAGCUGGCCACUCUUACUUCCAUUCGCUGUUUACAUUCUGUUUCCUGGCAUUCCUUUUACACGUGGCCAGUGUCGACCUAAUCUAGACAUAUACAUACAUCUUCAUCAGACUCUCUAGGCAGGCUGAUGCCCCCUGCCCUUCCAUUUACGGGUUCAC